AAAAAAAAAUAUGGGAUGCCAGAUUGAACAGGCCACACACCUGAAUAUAUUGAAUUUGUAAUAGCAACAACAACAACCUGGUUGUGUCACAUUUCUGUGCGUUACAAAAUGUGUUAGGUGGGAAAUAAUAAUAAUUAGAAUUACUAUGAUGUCAAAAACGUACAGAGGAAGGAGAAAAUGAGAUUGAAAACCUAAAUGCAGGAUCUAAAAUCAUAAAGUGGACAUAAAUGCUUUCUUACAGUGACAUAAAAAAACUGAAAAUACACACAUUUGACUUUUUUCUUAAAAAGUGAUGCAUUAGAUGAAAUAAUUGUCAGAAUAAUUCAAACCCAAUUUGCUGUUGCUGUCAGCUGUUUUGUGUAGGUAUUAUGUUUGAAAAUGAGUUAGAAGACCAAAUGCAGUUGUCUUUUGUGCUUUUUUUUAAUUGACUUUUAUUUCUAAAAAUGUAAUUCUCAGUACCUCAGCUAAAAUGCUGUGCAAUUAUGUCUCACUGGGGCAUUCAACAGACUCACUGUCAAAACAACCACUUGUGAUUUCUGCUGUUAAAGUUUUGCAGAGGUUUUAGCUAAGUGUGUGUACAUGUGUAAUUGUGGUGCAUAACCUUUCAUGCUUCUGUUUAAAUUGCUUGAAGCGGACCAGCGGUCAUCAAGCUUUCUGUAUCAGCAGAACGAUGGUGCCGCCGCUGUUUGCUAACAUGGUUCACUUUGUGUGUCUCUGCAGGGGGAGGUGGUGCACUGGCUGGCCUGUUGGCUGGAUGCAGCCUGCAGGAAGGGCUCCACUCCCACAGUGGGUAAAGGACUGAUGGAGGGAGGAUCCUUCACUCGUCCAAACUCAGUCUGAUCCAGUUCUUCUCUAAGAUGAGGAAGUGGGCCGACAUGUCCAACCUCUCGCAGGACUUCAGGCUACAAAUGGAUGGCUGGAGCGAAACUUUGAGGUCUCCACCGUGAUCUUCCGCAAGUUUGAUGUCUUGAUUUAGUAAUGAGUCGUGGCCCCUCCAGUCAGGAAGCAGCAGCGGAGAGCUCUCUGGAUCAGGAGAGGCCCAGGCCGAGGCCCUGUGGUGGGGACACCACCUGCAGGUGGCGCUGGUCAACACGGUGGCCUUCAGGGGCAUCUGGCAGAAGCAGUUUCUGUUCACCAACUCCCAGAACCUGCCCUUCAUCCUGUCUGAUGGGACUCCCAUCAAGGUGCCCAUGAAGUACCAGGCUGCAGAGGUCAGCUUUGGUCAGCUCAGGACGGGAUCGGAUCAGCGCUACACGGUUCUGGAGCUGCCGUUCCUGGGCCGCUCCCUGAGCCUGCAGGUGCUUCUACCCAGCGAGAGGAAGACGCUACUGUCCUCCCUGGAGGCUCAGCUCACACAGCGCCACCUAGCGUCCUGGGACACCGGCCUGCGCAGAACCAGGAUGGACAUCUUCCUCCCAAGAUUCAGAAUGCAGAACAAGUUCAACCUGAGGUCGGUGCUCCCCGCUAUGGGCAUCAGCGACGCCUUCAACCCCACAGCAGCCGACUUCACCGGGAUCUCAGUGGAGGAGGGUCUCUAUGUGUCUGAUGCCUUCCAUGAAGUCAGGAUAGAAGUCACGGAGGACGGGACCAAAGCAGCUGCUGCUACUGGGAUGGUCCUCCUCAAAAGAUCCCGAGAUCCAGUUUUCAAAGCAGAUCGGCCGUUCUUAUUUCUACUGCAACAGGUUCACACAGUGGUGAAAUAAAAAACCAUCCAGGAAACUUUUCUACAUUGAUGCAACGUUUCCCAGAGCUUCAUCUGAUGACCUGAAACAGAACUGACCUGCUGAUGGAGGACCUGUUGAAGAACCCUAACUCUGUAACUGAUGAAGAUAAAGAAGAAGGUUUUCCUGUCAGGUGUAACUGAUGAUGAUGAAGGUUUUCCUGUCAGGUGUUACUGAUGAAGGUGACGAUGGGGGACGACUGGGGGACCCUGAGGGGGUCAGCUGGAGUCUUCCUCUUGGACGUCCCUUAGUUCUGCCCCUAGUUCUGCUGCUACAGGCCUAGGCUGCUGGAGGACCUCUCUGGAUGCACUGAGCCCUUCUCUAUCUACCAUUGUAUUUAAUAUACAGUAUAUAUACCAUUAUUGCAUUACACUCACUCUGUUUCUCCCUGUGUCCUUUCUCCGAGUGUCCCUGAUCCCAGAGCUGGAUGCUUCAGAUCUGUGGUGGUUCUCCGACCAACUGGCCUAAUCUCCAUCUGUGGGAUGCUGCUGCUGCUGACCUUCCUCCAGCCCACUGCUUCCAGCUGCCCAUUUCCAUCAAUCUACUCUGCAUCACCCUCACUAUACUUGAUUUGCUCGUCUACAUAUUUUUGAAUUUACCACCAGCUAUAUAUGUAGUAUAUUUAAUGCCAGAGCCAUACACCGUAGCAGUAAACUAUAAUCAGUUUCCAGCCCCGAGGGAUAUAUGCGCAGAUUUUUUUAAAUACCAUGUAGAAGACUAUAUACAGGAAGAUGAGGUAUCAGUUCUUGCACAUAGACAUACAACAGUCCUUUAUUACUCCCCAGGUUAGGGGAAAUUUCCAGUGUUAGAGCAGCAAAAAUCUUUCAGAGCAGCACUAACUACAGUUUACUACAGUAAAGAUAAUAAUUAUAAUAACAAUAAUAUAUACAAGAAUGAAAAAUGAAUAAAUACAGUAUUUCUACACUAUAAGUGACAUCAGCAUAAAGUGGCUUGUGGAAUACAUGUAAUUGUAAAAGUGCAGAAAAUGCCAGCAGUGCAAGGAGUUGUGGAGAUUUUCUCAAAACAGGUGAGUCCCGUGAAUAUGACCAAAAUAUGAGAUAAAACUACCAGAAACAUGUACAAAAUGGCCAAAAUAUGAUUGGUUGAUAAUGUAUCAGUGUUGUUAUUGAUUAUUGAUCGGUUGCAGGGACAGAGAUUUGUGUCUGAGUCUCUGCUGUCAUCUAAUCGCUCUCAUGUAAGAUCGUGUCACAGGAGGGGCCGCUACUGACCUCUUGUGGACACAGGCGGUAACGACACGACAUUAUUACUAACUGUAUAGCUGGCGACAUUACAGGCGAGCAGCACUUCCUGUUCAUCUUCAACGUAAAAGCAUCUUUCUUUAUUGUACAUUUUAUGUCAAACGAAUUAUUAAGCGAUUUAGGUCGAUUCAGAAGGCUCUCUGGUGUAAACCAAGUCGUGUUUGACGACAGCUAGCCUCUCCACUUGCUCCGAUUACUUUUGUUGUAGUCU